AAGUUCUUUUUUUCUUUGAGACUUUUAUGUUUUAUUUUUCUGUUAAUUCUAUACUGUUUUUCCAAUGUUCUGUUUAUAAAAAAAAUGAAGUUUUUUCCAACUUGUAGUAUGUUUGUUAAAAUUUAAGAAAAACUGUGCCAGUAAUUUCAGAUUACCGUAAAUCUGUUUGAUUAUUUCUAAAACUUUACUGCCAUUCAUGAAUUUUUCUCAACUAUUAGCCAGCACAAACGGCCCAGUUGUUUGAUAAAGUGGAAAUACUAGUUAGAGUUAUUCACUUGAAGUAUUUAUUUAAUCUGUGUAAAAAAACUUUUUUGCCUUUUGCAUCUUUGCUUGUUGUAAACUGUGUUCACAGUUUGCUUAACGUCACUUUAAUUUUCAAGGUCUCUGUUUUAUUUUCUUAGUUGUGCAAUUAUUUUUGUGAUAAAUUUCAGGAUAUUGUGAAAUACACAGCUUUCUAUUAUGAAAUGGCUCAUUAAUUACCUUGUCUGUAUGUUAUAUAUACAUGUACUUAAGAUGUUGGUGAAAGUAUUUCCUCAUUUAAUAGAUUUAAGCUUCAAGAUUUAAUGAACAAUUUAUCUACCACACAAACUCAACAGUUACCUGAUUUUGUAGUAUUCAUGAAAGUACUAUCUCAUUAAAUAGAUUAGAGCCUUAAAUUUCUUACAUUGUGUAAAUGUACAUUGUAUUUUAAAGACGCAGACUUUUACCAGGAUUUGUUCAUUUUUUUAGUGAUAUUUGAAAGCGUACUUAAAAAUGAGGAGAAUAAUUGUGCUUCUGUUUGUAAGUGUGGUGUCUUUAAUUGAUGUAGUAUUGACUACAGUGUUCUAUUGUCAAGGACGUAAAUUUCAUCAGACAUUCAAGGGGGCUUUCUUCCGCUAUUCUUUCACAAGUUCAGUGUUUGAUCUAUGGAUACUUUGUGUUUUGAGAUGUUCCGUGAGUCUUGGAUUAGUCUUGGGCAUUUUGUUAGGACGAGAAAUAGGAAUAAAUCGGGUAAAAUCAACGAGAACUAUUUCAGUAUUUUUAGCGGGAAUAUGUGUGAUGUUUACGCUGAUAAAGCUUCUAUCGGUAUCAGAACAUUCACAGCUUUUGAAUAACGUCUGGUUUUGGAGCCUUUUCACAUGGACACUUGUUAGCUCAGUAUUGUUAGUGCUUCAGUGGAGAAUUCUGGGAAAUAUAACUGUCGUCGAACCACCAGUUUUGAAGAUAAAUUGUGAUGGAGAUCCUGCGGAAUCAGAAGCCCUGCUUGGAGAUAAGAAAGAAGAAAAUAAACUAGAAAAAGACAAAGAUAAAAAGAAAAGUGAUGCAAAAAGUACAAUUCUACGACUGUUUUCAUUUUCCAAGCCAGAUUGGAUGUUUAUUUCAGCAGGGUUCUUAUUUCUAACACUGUCUGCUACUGGUGAGAUAUUUAUACCAUUUUACACAGGAAAGGUUGUAGAUGGGAUUGUUAUAGACAAGUCACAGAAGGAAUUUACAAAGGCUAUCAUUGUAAUGGCUCUGAUAUCAGUGGGAAGUGCACUUGCGGCAGGCAUAAGAGGUGGUUGUUUUACAAUAGCUUCAGAUAGGUUCAACAUCAGAAUUAGAAAAGCUCUGUUUAUGUCUCUAUUGAAACAAGAAGUGGGAUUCUUUGACACUGUACAAACAGGUGAUAUAACAUCCAGGUUAACAUCAGAUACAACAACGAUGAGCGAUACACUGGGUCUCAAUGUGAACAUAUUUUUACGGAGCCUCAUAAAAGCUUUAGGUGUACUCUUCUUUAUGUUCAAAUUGUCAUGGCGACUGACUGUUGUUACGUUCAUUGGCCUACCCUGUAUGCUAGCUGUAUCGAAAAUUUAUGGGAAAUAUUACAAGAAACUGUCAGAGGAGGUACAAGACAGCCUGGCCAGUGCUAACAAUGUAGCAGAAGAAGCAUGUUCCACAAUGCGUACUGUGCGAAGUUUUGCCAACGAGAAAGGAGAGAUACAGAGGUAUGCAGACAAACUGGCUGUUACCUACAAACUGAACAAAAAACAGGCGCUCAUGUACUCAGGAUUUGUCUGGUCAAACAUGCUAUUUGAGCUAGCCCUGACAGUGUCUGUACUAUACUAUGGUGGACAUUUGGUGAUCGAUGGAGCCCUGACAGGAGGCACCUUGAUAUCGUUUAUACUGUACCAGAUACAACUUGGCGACUGUGUUGAUAGUAUGGGUUAUGUAUAUACUGGGCUAAUGCAAGCAGCUGGAGCUUCUGAGAAAGUGUUUGAAUAUAUAGAUAGAAAACCCCAAAUAAAUCACCAAGGUAACCUGGCACCUGAUGAUAUUCAAGGUCAUAUAGAGUUCAAGGACGUCUGCUUUUCCUACCCAUCCAGACCAGAUGUUCCUGUCUUGAAGAAUAUCAGUUUUACUGUGAACCCUGGAGAAGUUAUUGCCCUUGUAGGUCCUAGCGGGGGAGGUAAAACAUCGUGUGUAAAUCUGUUAGAGUAUUUCUACACACCACAGAGCGGACAGGUAUUGCUUGACAAUAUGUCAAUACAGCUCUAUGAUCACCACUACCUACAUAAACAGGUGUCUUUGGUUGGACAAGAACCAGUCCUAUAUGCGAGAUCUAUUGAAGAGAACAUACGAUAUGGCCUGCACGAGAAUGAGUGGAGUGAUAAAUUGAUCAAAGAAGCUGCAGAGAUGGCCAAUGCUCAUAGCUUUAUAACAGAGCUGAAAGAUGGUUAUAAAACACAGACUGGAGAAAAAGGUGUUCAGAUGUCAGGUGGACAGAAACAGAGGAUCGCUAUUGCGAGGGCGUUACUAAGGAAACCUAGAGUACUGUUGCUGGAUGAAGCUACUAGUGCUCUUGAUGCAGAAUCUGAAUAUCUGGUACAACAAGCUUUAUACAAGAGCCUGAGUGGCAGAACUGUGAUAAUCAUUGCUCAUAGACUGAGCACAGUGGAGAGAGCCGAUAGAAUCAUUGUGAUAGAUAAAGGGGAGGUAAUCGAACAAGGAACUCAUAAACAACUUCUUGGGUUGAAGGGCAUUUAUACGAAUCUAGUCAAACGGCAGUUACUCUUGUCUGAUAAUGCUUGGUCGAAGGAUGGCCCAAAUUCGCCAGGAAAGGAAUCUGGUCAGUUGACCGUACCACAAGAGUGUUCAUGCUAUAGAAGGCAUAGAUCAUCAAAUAGACAUCCCAGUGGAAGAAUCUCAAGUAGACAUGCGAGCGGAAAUUCCGUGCUUUCAGAAGAAGACGGAACAGGACGAGAAAAUGUCACCUUUAUUGUGGGGUCAAUUUAAUUGAUUUCUUAUCUACUGAUACCUUAUAUUACAUUUAUUUUUACACUAAGCACAGUUGUUAAUAGAGUAGAAUACAGUAUUUAAACUCUUUCUAUCUUUCUCAAAGAUACAAAAAGAUGAACUGUUUAUUAUUGUUAACACAUGAUAUAGACUGUUUUAUUACUUUUGACUGUAUUACUUUUUGUCAUCAGUCUUGUAAAAGCAAAUUGUAUUAUUUUUCAUUUUCAUUUCAUGUUUAUUUUCAAUUCAUGUUAGAAAAAUAAAAUUGCUCUGUAAAAUGUAUAUAUUUCUAUAACAUUUUUGUGAGAUGGGCCUUUUUUCUGUCUUUUAAGAAAUUAUAAGUAAGGCUGAAAUUUAUUUUUGAUCGACGAUAAAAAAUACUUCUGAAAUAUUGCUGAUAUAAUUAAUGUAAUUUGCUCUGAAAUCAUAAUAUUCUUUAUGAACUAGUUUUAUGGAUAUUGUGGUUGCAUCUAUCCAUGAAUUAAAUCCUAAUUCUUUUAUGUUGAGAAAUGGAAAUCCACCAAGUCAUAUUCCAAAGAAAUAGCAAAACCAUGGUAAAAUCUUGUUACAAAAUUAGUAACAAUAGGGAACAAUUGUUUUGCUAUGUUUUCAUUGAUUUAUUUUAUAACUAACAUGGAACUAUUUUUCUUUUAUAUUACUGUAAUUGUGUGUCCAGUUUUACUCUGUGUUUUCAAUGGCUUUAAGUAUUAUGUGUGUAUUACAAAAAUGUAUAUAUUGUAUAACUUCAUGAUGGCGUGAUUUGUUUCGUAGUUCAACAGUGAAGAAAAUGAGGCAUUGUAUAUUCUGUUACAAGCAAUAGAUUUUACACAGACUAGUGAGAGAGUGUUAUGAUGUUAAAUGUUGUGGUAUGUGGUCAAGUCCAUUAUCACUGGAUGAAAGUAGAUCUGUAUAUGUUUUAUUUUAUCUUUCUGUGAGAAGUUUUUAAUAAAAAGAAGAAUUGCCUUCCUAUGAUUUAUCAUCUGAUAUACCAUAGUUUAGUGAAAAAUAUAUUUAACAUUUAUUUUUGGUGUGAAAUUACCAGAUGUAUUUCUAAGUUAAUUUACUGAAAAACAUGAAUAAAUUAUUGUUUUAUCAGAAAUAUGGAGCGCUAUAUAUACUCUGUUGCUGUAGUGACUUGAAGUCCAGACUUUAAAUAUUAUAAUUUUGUACAGGUUAAGUUAGCCCUUUUUCUUGAGUACUGUAUAUUUUCGAUUAUUAGACGCACUCGCUUAUAAGACGCACCCCGGCAUCGGCCAUGCAAUCCGUGGUUUCUUUUUCGUUUGAUUUCUUUGUAGUGUAUGCUUAUAAGAUGCUCCCCACUCUUUGAACUGGAAAUAUGACUUCUAAAAUUGCGUCUUAUAAGCGAACAUAUACGGUAUAUGUAGUAGAUAUGUAAACUAUAUAUUAAGUUUUACAUAUUUUUUCUGUUAAAUGAAUUUACUAGUCAGUCUUUAGAUUUGUUUUUGUAAAUUCAUUUAUUUGUCAUUAUUUUAUAAAAAAAGUUUGUAAUUAUUUUAAACUCCUGCCAAAGAGAAAAAGUUGUAUAAUUUUGAAAAGCAUUUAGUGUCACUAUUUAGUCUAAUGUAUUUUAGUUUCAUUCUUUCUCAGGUUUUGUGAACAGUUUCAGUUGUAUGUCUUUUGUAAAUCUUAGAGAAAUGUUUUCAUGUCAUGUAUACCAGUAAUUUGACUACAAUAGAUAUGAAUUUGACAAUAAUAGGUAUGAUAUUACAGACAUUUAUUGUACAAAGACUUACCUUAACUAUCUUUACACAAGGGAAACAACCUGUUUAUAGUGAAAUUGUUGAUUAAACACCGUUUGUCAAUCCUAAUCCCGUCCAUGGUAUUUCAGUGUAAUGGAAAAGUAAUCUAUCUAUGUUACCUACUAUACAGGAUAACACACUCGUGCAUCUAACAGUCACAAAAUAUUUCUCCCAUACUUUUUGACGCAUUUAUAUAGGUAACAGCGACUUGGUGAAAUUCUGUUGGGUUUUUUUUUUAACUGUCUGUUGACAAAGUUCACUACAAAAAAUGUCACAUAUUCCUAAUAGCAUUUCUCGAUUUGAUCUUUACAUAUUUUUCUUUUCAUAUCACUGACCACUGUAGUAAUGAUGCAUGCAUUUUUCAUGCAAAGAGGUAAAACGUGCAUGGAUUGCAGAAGAAAAUAGCCUCACAGUCACCUAUGUUUAGCAAAGUUGUCUCCAUUUUUUCCAAACAUUUAUUUUUGUCUCAAAUAACUCUUUCUUUUUCUUUUCUUUUUUCAGAAAAUGAUAUUUUUCUUCAGACUGUGCACUUUAAUGCUGCCUACCUGAAGUUGGUAUCUUUAGUUCCACUGCCUAUAGUAUCUAAUGAAAUUCAUAACUUAUAAUCUAAAAUGUUUAAGUUUACUGACUUAGAAUCACUUGCUGCACACUAAUUCGGGUUCAGAAUCUCACAUGGGGUGUAGAAUUUUUCCUGUAUGGAAGCCAUCUAGCUGGUUUACAGAAGGUCGGCUGUUCUAUUCAGGUGCCUGCUCUUGCCGAAAAUUAUGCCCAAAUGGUCACCUGAGGUCUUCCUCCAACACAAAGAGUUGGAAAGUUCACUGUGUGAUCUGUAAUUGUGUCAGUAUGACUUUAAACCCAACAAAGCAAACAAACAAACAACAUCGAAACACAACAAAACAAGCAAACAAACAACAUCGAAACACAACAAAACAAGCAAACAAACAACAUCGAAACACAACAAAACAAGCAAACUACAUCGAAACACAACAAAACAAGCAAACAAAUAGCUCGAAACUAAUGUCCAGCUUAUUUUAAUCUUUCAAACCACGUAAAUGUUUUUAUUAUCUAUUUGGCGAUGGUGGGGGUGCAUAUUUUUCAAAACUCGAACUUCCAAAAUAUUUUGAGAAGUAACAUAUUAAGUUUUAUCACAUAGGAGCUCUGUGUAGUCAGUAUUUAUUGUAACGAUAUAUUGGACGUUUUAAAAUUGAUAAGCAUAGAGAUUUACAGAAUUUACAAAAUAACUGCCAGAAUAUCUGUUGCAUUUUAAAAUAAUGUAAAAAUUAAAUUAGUGGUCUUGUAAUAGGUAUUUUGAACAUUGUUCUGAUUAUGUGCUCAAUUGUAUUGUGAUAUGUCAUUACUUUUCCAUCCAUAAAUAUUGUCUUAAUUGACUGAAUUUUGUUGAUAACUGUUGAAUUGAUAUUGACUGAACAUGUGAAAGUCGUGCAGUAUACAAUUUGAAAAGACGUUUUUCUGGAUAAGGCUAAGUUAGUUAGUACUGUAAAAUUUGUUGUUUAAUUGUUUGUAGUUUCAAAUUACCAAUAAUGUAGAGUGCCAUUUUUGUCACAAAAGUGUUUUAAACCAAUUUGGUAUGUUCUUUUAUUGAAGUUUUUAUCGAGAACUUGCAUUUGAUGGUCAGUUAAAGAAUUAUCUGUUUUUGCGUCUUUUGUCCUUAUACCUUCAUAUUUGUCUCGCAAAUAUGUAUUUUCAAAGGCAUUUUUAGCAGUUUUAUGGUAUUUGUGUUGUUUUGUAUCACACGUUACUCAAAAUGUCACAAGUGUUCUAUUUGAUGUGUGCACAUUCAGCAUAAUAAAAUGUUUCAGACCA